AAAGAAGAAAAAAAAAAAUAAGUCUCCUGCACCACAUACUCUACCUAGUGUUCUAUGGUGUUCAUACAGGACUAGCUGGAAUUUGUUCUUGGCGCUCAUUAUUAUUUUUGUUAUCUACAAAGAAAGAGAGAAAAAAAAGUUUUAGUACUUUUACGGAUUAAGAAUCGACUAGGGUAUUCAGUACUGACGACUUAAGAAUAUGGUGUGGUCUCAGCUAGAGCUAGAGAAAGCCCACAUUGCUUAUGCCUGUGUAGGAAUAUUCAGCACUAUCUUCUCCUUGGUUUCUCUUUUUGUAAAGGAGAAACUUUAUAUUGGGGAAGCUACCGUUGCCACCAUUGCCGGGUUGAUCCUUGGACCGCAUUGUUUGGACUGGUUCAACCCUGUAUCAUGGGGGAAUACCGAUCAUAUCACCUUGGAAAUCUCCAGAAUUGUGCUUUGUAUACAGAUUGUUGCGGUGGCAGUAGAAUUGCCCCGUAAAUACAUGAAGAAACAUUGGGUAUCAGUAGCAAUUUUACUUUUACCCGUGAUGACUUGUGGUUGGCUCAUUGUAGGGUUAUUUAUUUGGGUAUUGAUUCCUCAUUUUGACUUUCCAUCUGCUUUGCUUGUGUCUGCAUGUGUCACUGCCACCGAUCCUGUGUUGGCAGCUGCCGUUGUUGGUAAGGGUAAGUUUGCCGAAAGAGUUCCAGGACAUUUAAGAAACUUAUUAUCUGCAGAAUCAGGAUGUAAUGAUGGGAUGGCAUUUCCAUUUAUUUUCCUUUCCUUAAACCUUAUUAUCCACCCACAUAAUGGAGGAGAAGUGGUUAAAGAUUGGAUUCUAAUCACCAUUUUAUACGAAUGUAUUUUUGGAUGUAUCUUGGGGGUUGCCUUGGGAUUUUUAUUGAAAAGAGCAGUAGCCUUUGCCGAACUGAAGAAACUUAUUGAUCGUGAAUCCUUUUUAGCAAUUUUUGUCUUUUUAGCGUUCAAUUCCGCAGGAAUUGGAUCCAUGUUAGGAGUUGAUGAUUUAUUGGUAUCAUUUGCUGCUGGAACUGCGUUUGGAUGGAAUGGAGAUUUUGCUAAAAAGACUGAAGAAUCUCAUGUUUCUACCGUUAUUGAUUUAUUAUUGAAUUUAUCAUUUUUCGUUUAUUUUGGAGCAAUUAUCCCAUGGCCACAAUUUAAUAAUGCAGAAUUGGGAUUGAAUUGUUGGAGAUUGAUUAUUUUAGCCAUUGUGAUUAUCUUUUUAAGAAGAAUGCCUGCUGUGUUGGCCUUGAAAGUAGUAACACCAGAUAUUAAAUCUUGGAGAGAAGCUUUAUUUUGUGGUCAUUUUGGACCAAUUGGUGUAGGGGCAAUUUUCGCAGCUAUUCUUGCUAGAAAGGAUCUUGAAGCUCAUUAUAGUACUGAAGAAACUCCAUUAGCUCAUUUACCAUCUGAAGAUUUCCCUCAUUAUCAAUUAUUAGCAACCAUUUGGCCCAUUGUUUGUUUUAUCAUUUUAACCUCAAUUAUCGUUCAUGGAUCAUCGGUUGCAGUUUUAACCUUGGGUAAAAGACUUAAUAGAAUGGCAAUUACCAUGUCGUUUACCACCACAAACACCAAAGAUCAAGGAUCUUCUUGGAUGUCAAGAUUACAAAAAUUGGACAAGGCUUCGACUUCAUUUUCCUUACAUAGAAUUGAUACCAUGCAAGUACCAGAAGAAGAUGAAAAGAAGGCAGCGCAACAACAAGAAGAAAGAUUGGCACAUGCUAAUACCAUUGAAACCAGUGGAAUUAAGGUUAGACCUGCCGGUGGUGCCAAGAGAAGAAAGCACAAGAAGAAGAAGAAGAGAUCUACUCCUGGUGACAGACUUAAGAAGACUCUUUCCAGAGUUACAUCUAGAGAUGAUGAAAAUGGAGCUGUUGAUGAAAACAUUGGUCGUAGAGAUAGACCACAAACUGAAUUCUUACAACUUGGUAGAACCGUUUCUCAAGCAGUUGUUAGGGAUGAUGAAGAUGAAGAAGGUCAAGAUACCCUUGGUAAUAACGCAACCAUUGUUAAUAAGGAAGAUUCCACGGGAGGGUCUGAAUUUUCAUCUGGAUCUAGUAAUGGUGAAAAGCGGGAAGAACUUCAACUUCCUCCACCUGAUCUUUUACACAUCAAAGAUGAUCAAGUCCCAACCACUGCAUUUAAAGAAGGUGAUAAGGUUAUUAUUGAAGACCAACAUGGAGAAGUUUUGGAUACAGUUUCAAUGAGUGAAAUGAAAAAGUCAAAGAAGAAGGAUCGUGAUGAUGAUAUGAGUAUUCACUCUAUGGAAUCAUUACGUCGUAAAUUGACUCAAUAUUCCGAAGAAAGUGAAGAAUCUGAUGAUGAUGAUGGCGCCUAUAAUGAAGAUUUGUCGCCAACUAACACUAGAAGCCGUAGAAGAAGAAGUAUUUCUCCACUGAGAUUGAAGGGUAAGAAGGCAUUCUAUAAGAAGGAUGAUCCUAAGCAUAGAAAGGUGUUUGCCCAUCAAAUCGAUAAUAUGAUUGUUAUUGAAAAUGCCGAUGGUGAAAUCAUUCGGAGAUACAAGGUUAGUAAACAUCCAUCAGUUAGUGGAGCCACCUCAGCGGGAGGCCCUGGAACAAGAGUAAGAUCUUCAUCUAUAGUUGGUAAGGCUUUAUCACUUGUCGGAAUCAAGGGAGGUGCAGGAACAUCAAGUGCAAAUAAUGAUUCUGUUAAUGCAGUAACAAGUGCUGGAUCAUCUCAAGCAAGUGGCGGAAAAGUACCAGUUUUGAUAAAGACUCAAGAUAGUAAGGAUCCAAAGUCACCAUUGCGUGAUUCGGAUCUUGAAUCAAGAUUGGAGAAGAAAAUCACCACGAUUUUGAGUGGAAGAUCAGAUGAUCCUAGACAACGUAACCCAUCAAUUGUGGUUGAACAUCCUGCAGAUAUCUCGGAAGAGGACUCAGAAGAGGUGAAUUCCGAUAUCUCUGAAGAUUCAGAAGAGGAGGAUGAAGAUGAAGAUGAAGACUUGAGAGAGACCGAGGUCGAAAAGAGACGCCGUUUAGCUGCCUUGGGACAAAUCAGGGGACAAAGACGAGAUGAUGAUGACGAAGAAGAAGUUUAA